UUUCAGGAAAAAAAGCUGUCGACGUACAAAGAUAAGAAAAGAGAGGUAAUAAAACCCUAGCCGAGAUUUACACCUCUCUCGCUCUGUCGAGGCAGUGGAGUAAGAGAAGCAGUGUAGAGAUAAACCCUAGCAAAUUCUCUCACUCUCUCUUCUCUUCUCGCUUUUUUUUUUCUCUCUUCUUUUUUCUCUUUUCUAAAAUCUCUCUUAGUUCUCUCUUCGUAGAAUCGUUCUAUCGAUAGAUCUGCUGGUCAAAGUUUUUUCCGGUGCUUGUUUGGGUUGAUUUUCGUGUCUGCGGAAGUGGAAACCUAAAAGAGGCUAUUUGAAGGUUUCAGCUUAACAGAAUGAUUGCCGCGGGAAGUGUUGUGCCAAAGCUGAAGUUGAAGAUCAAGUUCCCUUCUCAGAAGAUAGAAGAUCAAUCUUUUGAGUGGGGCCAGCAACUGAGUAGUUCUUUUGAUGGAAAGAAGACAUCACCUGCUGGAAAUUCAGAAGAGACUUCAAUUGCUCACAAGCGUGAACCAGAGGGGGUGAAUGUGGGUGGUCCACCAGAGAAGAGGCGGAAGAUGGACCGUUGCACGACUCAGCAGUGCUCUGCCCUACUGAAAGCACUGAUGAAACAUCCAGCUGGCUGGGUUUUUAAUCAACCUGUGGAUCCCAAAGCAUUACAGAUUCCUGAUUAUUUUUCUAUAAUUAAAAACCCCAUGGAUUUGGGUACAAUUAAGUCCAAACUAGGAAAGAAUAUUUAUCUUGGCACUGAUGAGUUUGUGGCUGAUAUUAGACUAACGUUUUCUAAUGCCAUGCUGUAUAAUCCCCCAUCCAAUAACGUUCAUAAAAUGGCAGAAGAAAUGAAAGAAUUUUUUGAAGCAAGGUGGAAAUCUUUGGAGGAGAAAUGUAAUCAAGAAAAUAUUAAGGUUGGACAAGGGAAGGUUUCUAGUGUGCGAGUGAAAGAUGUUAAUGAAUCAAGUCAGCAUUGUCCUAAAACACUUCUAUCCCGGAAUAGCUCUCUGCCCAAGAAGUCAAAGGCAUCUGCGGAGAAGGUUGCGAAGCUGCCUCUGAAUGCAAGAGCGGCUGAGGUUGAGCUUGCUAAACCGGCAGAGAACUGUGUGAGCGAAUUGGCAGGAAAAAGCUUACAAAAAGGCACCGGUAGUGGUAGUGGUGGCUGUUCCCAGGGGUCUAUCAAUGCCAAGCCACCAUUGAGCCCAGGUGAUUCAUGUGGCAACAUUAAGUGUCAAUGCAGCCUUCCAAGUGAUUCAUACCAUGCAUCUUCCAGCGAUGUGACUUCGGAAAGAUCAUUGGGUGGAGAUCUUAGGGUGUGUAGUGCUGAUGUCUCUAAAUUGGAUUCCCAGGCAAAAAGCACAUUGACAUCACAAAUGAGCAAGUCUGAUCAGGAUUCCAAUGGGGCUGUAAGUGCUUUGGAUGACGAGAAUGUAUGUAAUAGUUCUCAACUUACAACUCCAACAGAUGCUGCUUCUGGUGAAGGAUUGUCAACUCCUACUUUUGAUGUGCCAAUGUCACCAAAGAAAGCUCUCCGUGCUGCAAUGCUGAAACGUCGUUUUGCAGACACUAUUCUGAAAGCUCAGAAGAAGGCACUACUGGAUCAUUGUGAUAAAACUGAUCCAGUAAAGCUGCAGCAGGAAAAGGAAAGAUUGGAAAGAAGGCAGCGUGAAGAAAAGGCAAAGAUUGAAGCUCAAAUCUUAGCUGCUGAAGCAGCAGCAAAAAUGAAGGCAGAGGUUGAGCUGAAAAAGCAACGGGAAAGAGAAAGAGAAGCUGCUCGAAUUGCAUUACAAAAGAUGGAGAAAACAGCGGAGAUUGAGCAGAACCUGGAGAUUUUGAAGGAACUGGAGAUGUUAAGUGGAUGCUCCCUUUCUAAUACUCAAUUGCAUGGUCGUAAGAGUGAUUCUGAACAGGUGAAUGGAGCAUCACAUGGAGGGAAUGGUGGAAAUCCCCUGCAGCAGUUGGGUUUGUUCAUCAAGGUCGAGUAUUCGGAAGACGAGGAUGAUGAGGCAAUUCUGAAUGAAGAUGGUGAAGAGGGGGAAAUAGUGUCGUAAAAAUACUAGUUUCGGUUGCAGCUUCAGCAUCAGCAUCCCCUGUGUUAUGACUCCUUUGUUAAUAAUAGUAAAAAAAAAAAAAGGAAAAAAAAAUGAUAGCCAUAUUUGUAGGGAUAUUUGUAACCAAAUCAAAACCUAACACGUAUAUAUAUUUAUACAUAAAUAGAAAAGCUAAAAAUAUUUUCUCCA